GUGACAUUUAAAGUGCCGAUAAGUGAAUUUCCUUCCCGUUUUCGUCCUUUUGAAACAUGGCAGAUCCAUGUGCACAUUGACGAGAUUUUUUUCCCGUUUUCUUGUAAAUUACUGAACAAAUCGUUCUGAAAUCGUCCUAAAUAGUGCGCGCAAUAAUAAAGUAAGAAAUCAUGAAGCUGAACGUGUCGUUCCCGGCUACGGGUUGCCAGAAGCUGUUUGAGGUUGUGGACGAGCACAAGAUCCGCAUCUUCUACGAAAAGCGUAUGGGCCAAGAAGUCGAGGCUGACACCCUGGGUGACGAAUGGAAGGGCUACGUGCUGAAAAUCGCCGGUGGCAACGACAAGCAGGGUUUCCCGAUGAAACAAGGUGUACUGACCAACAGCAGGGUGCGUCUACUUCUAUCCAAGGGCCACUCUUGCUAUAGACCACGCCGUACCGGAGAACGCAAGCGAAAAUCCGUCAGGGGAUGCAUCGUAGAUGGAAACCUUAGCGUAUUGGCCUUGGUUAUCGUCAGAAAAGGUGAGAAGGAUAUCCCCGGCUUGACAGAUACUACCAUUCCUCGCCGUUUGGGGCCCAAGAGAGCAUCCCGUAUCCGCAAGCUCUUCAAUCUCGGCAAAGAGGACGAUGUACGCCAAUACGUCGUCAAAAGACCCCUUCCUGUGAAAGAAGGCAAGAAGCAGAGAUACAAGGCACCGAAGAUCCAGCGACUUGUUACUCCAAUUGUAAUCCAGCGUAAACGUCAUCGUUUGGCAUUGAAGAAGAAGCGUUGUUUGAGACGUAAGGAGCAAGAAGAUACAUAUGCCAAGCUGCUGGCCCAGCGUAAGAAGGAAUCCAAGGCAAGAAGGGAGUUGAUGAAGAGAAGGAGAUCUGCCAGUAUGCGUGAUAGUAAAUCCAGCACGCACAGCGGGCAGAAGUAAUUUGUAUUUUUUUAUUUUACAUACCUAUGUAAGGACAAUGUGAGAAUAAAUACGUUGUUGCUGAAUUUCUACUCAUUAUUCACCAUGAAUACCUGCAG